AUUGGACAACAACCAAUCCUCGCUAAUAUUCCAUUCUCAAAUCAGUGAAAAAAAACUCCAUAAAAACAAAAACACCCCCACCCUAACCACAACCCAGAAAGCAGCUAAUGGGGUCUCCGAUUUCUUCCUCUAUUUUUCUCUCUUUAUAAACCCACCAUUGUUUUUUUUAUUUUUUUCAACUCACUCCUCAUAUACACACUCAUUAAAAUAUGGAUGCCCAAAAAUCCCUCCGUGAUACUCAACAAGCACAUUACACUCUCUUGCCGGAAUACCCUUCCGUCGCCGGACCUCCGGUGACCCGUAGGCGAACCCUAAAGGGUUGUGCUUUGGUAAUUGCUUCGGUCGUUUUUCUCAUGUCUUUGGUGGCAUUGAUUCUUAGCCAAAGCCAAGAACUUUCCCAGAAACCGGUUGAAAAAGACGGUUCAGUACCAUUGGUUACAAAUACUACGUCGUUUUCAGAGCCUAGAGGGGUUGCACAAGGUGUCUCAGCGAAAUCGAACCCAUCUCUUUCCGAUGAACUUUCUUACAAUUGGACAAAUGCUAUGUUUUCUUGGCAAAGAACAUCUUACCACUUUCAACCAGAGAAGAAUUGGAUGAAUGAUCCUGAUGGUCCAUUGUUUUACAAGGGAUGGUAUCACCUGUUCUACCAGUACAAUCCGGAUUCAGCCGUGUGGGGCAACAUAACAUGGGGCCACGCUGUAUCAACGGACCUGAUCCACUGGCUCUACCUCCCGAUCGCCAUGGUUCCUGAUCGGUGGUAUGAUAUCAACGGCGUAUGGACCGGCUCAGCCACCAUCCUCCCUGAUGGCCAAAUUGUAAUGCUCUAUACUGGAUCCACCAAUACAACUGUGCAGGUUCAAAACCUUGCCUACCCUGCCAACCUAUCUGAUCCCCUCCUCCUUGAUUGGGUCAAAUACUCCGGUAACCCGGUCCUGGUUCCCCCACCCGGUAUUGGCUAUAAAGACUUCCGUGAUCCGACCACUGCAUGGAUUGGACCCGAUGGGCAAUGGCGGAUCACAAUUGGAUCAAAGAUCAAUAAAACAGGCUUAUCACUUGUAUACAAAACUACUGAUUUUAUCCACUAUCAUCUUUCGUACAACUUGUUGCAUGAGGUUCCGGGCACGGGCAUGUGGGAAUGUGUGGACUUCUACCCGGUUUCUACAAACGGGUCAAAGGGUUUGGAUACGUCCGUAAAUGCGCCGGGAGUUAAGCACAUUUUAAAGGCUAGUUUGGAUGACACAAAAGUUGAUCACUAUGCAAUUGGAACCUAUUACGCGGGGAAUGAUACAUGGGUACCCGAUAACCCGAAGGAAGAUGUGGGCAUUGGGUUAAAGGUGGAUUAUGGAAGAUACUAUGCAUCCAAAACAUUUUAUGACCAGAACAAGGAGAGAAGGAUUCUGUGGGGUUGGAUUAAUGAAACUGAUACUGAAUCCGAUGACCUCCGAAAGGGUUGGGCGUCCGUACAGACAAUUCCAAGAAAUGUUUUGUUUGACAAUAAGACCGGAACCAACAUACUUCAAUGGCCAGUGGAAGAGAUCGAGACCUUGAGACUGAACAGUAGUGAGUUCAACGAGGUGGUUGUUGGACCCGGUUCGGUUGUGCCACUUGAUAUUGGCACAGCCACACAGUUAGACAUAUUUGCGGAGUUUGAAGUAGAAAAAUUGGAAUCAGAGGAAACAGAGAACGAUGCCACUGGUUGUGGUCGUGGUUCUAUAGAAAGGACCAAGUUAGGACCAUUUGGCAUUUUGGUCAUCGCGGACGACUCACUAUCAGAGCGAACCCCGAUUUUCUUUCGCCUUCACAAUUCAACUGGUGGGGAUGUCACUACUUUCUUCUGCGCGGACGAAACAAGAUCUUCUAUAGCUCCUGAUGUUCUGAAAAGGGUUUAUGGAACUGAAGUUCCUGUUGUGGAUGGUGAAAAACUCUCUUUUAGAGUUUUGGUUGAUCAUUCAAUAGUGGAAAGCUUUGCACAAGGAGGGAGGAGAGUUAUCACAUCGAGGGUUUAUCCUACGCAAGCAAUUUAUGGUGCAGCGAGGAUUUUUUUGUUCAACAAUGCCUCCGGAGUCAAUGUUAAAGCCAACCUUAAGAUAUGGCAGCUCAAUUCAGCCUUUAUUCAUCCUUUUCCAUUCGACCAAAUUCAAUGAACAACUUUCUAAUUAUGCCUGCUGAGCUAUAGAUAUAUUGUUUGUAUCAAUCAUUAUUGUUCAUUUCAAUUGGUUGGCUGUUCAUCAAAAAAAAAAAAAGAAAAACAAAAAAAAUGGUUGGCAAUUUGCAUUCUGUUUUUAAGCUUGUACUUCUGCUGUGUAGCUUGGUUUUGAUCCUGAUAUUUUCCAUGUCCAAUAGUAUAGGACAGCCAAAAGAAGAAGUACCAAAACAAAUCCUAUAAAAAAAAAUUUCAACAAGUUGAAAACUUGAAAGAGGUAUUUUAAGCAGAUUUAAUGAAGGCUAAGAAAGAGAGUUACAUGUGUAUCUGCCAAGAAUUAGGAUAUGGUUUUAAAAGAUCUCAACUUGUAUUAGUUUUCCUUUUCAUAUAACAGAUCUAAGUUUUUCAUGGUUC